AAUGAAUCAAUAGUUUUUUGGAAACGCAAGAUUGGCAAUCCAAAGAGCACAAUAACUUCAUUUAUUCUUCACAGAAUCAGUUCUAUAUGACCAAUUCAAAUACACAGCUAAAAUGCCUCAAUAUCCAAAGAUUGUAUUUUUGCAAUAGAAUCCAUUUGUAAGAAAUUUAGUUGAGAAGUAUUUGAAUUACAUAUACGUUUAGACAAUUUGUUCAAUUUUCAAUAAUAGAUGCUUCGAAGACAACUGGAGAGGUAAGUGAUUUCUUAAUGGCUAGGACAAUGUUGCUAGAUUGGCUGAAUAGGUUCAAUUAUAAUCGACUUAAACAAAUGGUGCUUUGUUGUUUGGAUUCCCCAAUAAUGCUGUUGAAGCUGAGAAGUAAAUAUUCAAAUGAAUAUUGCUUAGACUCGAUCGUUUAUUGGAUGGUGUUAAUUUGGCCAUUAGAUUCAAAUUAUCUGAAUCAUUGGCAUAGAAGAUAGCAGGAUCCUAUCUAUCUUGCUAAUCAUGCGGCAAAGUAUUCAACACAAGUUUACCAUUCGUCACACCCACUCACCCUGGAUAUCAGAAUAAUGUAAAGAAAUCCAAUAUUAUGUUUAGUGCUAAACUCCAAGCAAAUGCGCUUUGGAAUAGAGUUCUGCUCCAGCUGAUUAAAUAAAUGCAGAGGUCGCCAAUUAUUAUUAACAGAAAGUAUGAUUGAUGUUGAAUAGAUUAGGGUGCAUAUCUUGAAUAUGAGAUAAAUGAAGAGCAUUUGUUGUAUGAUUCAUAGGAGUUCUUUGAAAAAUUAGACAAUGCAGUAGCUACCCAUAUCAAGGUUUGAUAUUUUUAAGCAAAAAAUAAA